GAAGCGCCUAGCGCGCCGUUUUUUGGCUUGUCAACCGAAACCACGCAACAAUUUUCACUUUACUAAUCUUGAUAAAUGUUAAUAUACUACUAAUGUUUUACAAGAAAGAUUACGGCUAUCGAUGUACCGGAAGAAGUUAAGUGAUAUCUAUAACAGUGUUAUUGUAAAUCUUAUUAUUAUACGUUUUCCCACCGCUCUGACCCGCGAACUCCUAACAUGCCUCUGUUGAAAAGAAAAGCUUUUGAGAAAUCAAAUGUGUCGGAAUAUUUGCGGGACGACGAUGAGGUGUUCCACUGCGAGAUCACCGACGAGAUAUUCAAGGAUUAUGAGGAAUAUUGUGAAAGGAUCAUACUGGUCAACUCAAUGGUCUGGACAUGUGAGAUGACAGGAAAGAAUAACCUGACGUAUGCUGAAGCCUUGGAAAGCGAGAAAGCUGCCCGGAGAUCAUUAAAAGAUUUUCCCAUGGAGCUCCGAAUACCAAUCCUUUACCUGGCAACAAAGACCAAGAGGUGUUCAUUUGCAGAGAUGUCAGAGGAUCUGUUCAAUUUCGUGAGGGAAAGGUUCUUUGUUGGUGAGACAGUGGAAGCCUGUCUUGAAGGUGACAUUUGGAGAGAGGCACAUGUACUCUCCGUCACCGCACAGAAACAACAUCCAGACAGUAAAAGCAUGCUCCCAGCUUCAGCAUACUGCUAUGAAGUGGAACAAUUUGAUGAAGACCCGACCGCUGCAGGACAGAUAGGCACAGCCCCUUAUGACAGAGUCCGUCGUCGUAAAGGCAUCUAUACAAGGGAUAAAAAUCGACUGUUCCUCAAACAAUUUGUGGCACCAGGAAAUGUAAUUGGUAUUAAGACAUCAGCAAUAGAGAAAUACAAUAUAGCCAAAGUGAAUUUCGACCAAAUCUUCACAGGAAGUCCACCAGACUUCCCUUCAUCAAAGAAACUCAUGAAGACCAGCAUGUCUCCACCGUCAUCCUCAAAGAUGCCAGUGAAAUCCGGUACAGCAUCUAAACUAAAUAAGUCGAUGAAGAGACCUAUUCCAGAUAAGAAAGGUAGACAAGAGUCUAUGGACAAAUUUAUCAAAAAAACCGAUAAGACAGAAGUUAAACCUAAAACUCCAAUGGAUCCGGAAGCAAGAAAAUCGGCGCAAGAUUUGGCAGAUAAAAUGAGAAGAGCUGAAGAUCAAAUGCGUCAGCGAAGAGAAGAAGAGAAAGCAAAAAAGAAGGAGAAAAACGCGAGGCUAAUGGCAUACAUGAAGGAGUGGCAGAAAGUUAAGGAUGACCAGGAGUUGGAAGAUCAUAAGAUAAUACCGAAAGGCACUCCAGUUGAAGUAGAAGGGAUUCCACAUAAACACUUUGGUGAUUUUCUGUCUGUACUCGAAUUUGUACAUAAUUUCUCUGAGUUAUUAAAAGUCAAAGAUGUUUUCCACAAUGAACUAGACUUUGAGACUUUUCGAAAAUCGUUAACAUAUAAAGAGCACGCUUGGAUAUUCAGUGAACUGGUACAAAUGUUACUCACAACAAUAUUCUCCUUGCAAGAGGAUGAAGCCGAGGAGUAUAAUGAAAGCAAUCGGAUUCAGGAGUCUGUUGAGGUCGUUCAGCCGGAUAGCGGCGUGGACACGUUGCGCGCGAUCGAGCUGGCCACGAAGGCGGGCAAGUGGACGCAGACCUACCUCGGCACCGCGCUCAGCAAGCUGCCGCUCGACCCCACCACCGUCAGCGAAGUGCUGCGGCUGCACCUGCUGUCGUCGGGCGGCGCGGCGGGCUCGCGCUGCGCGGCGUGGCGGCUGCACCAGCGCGGCGGCUACAGCAGCGCCGACGACGCCGCGCUGCGCCUGCGCACGGCGCGCCCCGCCGCCCUGCGCCGCCUGCGCGCCCGCCACCUCGCCGACCUGCCGCUGGAUGAUAAAUUCCAGAUUUUACAGUGCCUUAUGAAUCAAAUUAUGAGCUAUGCAACAGUUCGUGACCAAAUAGAAGAGAAGUUAGAGGAAUACAAGAACUUGAAACAUGCUCUACGAACACUACAGAUAAAUGAACGUAAACGUGAGCCACAACUAGCUGCUGCCCGCAUAGAGCUCAAAAAGGAAAGUGCUCUAAAGAAAGAAGAGCUCAAAUUAACUGGUGAUAAAGCAAAGGCAGCAGAUGACGAACUGAAAGAAUCUAUAGAAAAACUGAAAAAAGAUAGUGACAUCAAGAGAGUGGAAUAUGAGAAGAAGUUAAAGGAGAUGCAGGCACAACUUUUCGACCAUACAACUUAUGUUGGCACAGACCGCGCAUUUCGUCGAUACUGGCUGACCCGACGUGUUGCCGGGCUGUUCGUAGAGGCGGGGGCGGAGCCUCGCGGGCCGUGUCGCAACAAGACCCUCCCGCCGCCGCCCGCGCCGCGGGAUGACGUCAUGGCCUAUGUCACCGAGCUCUUCCACUCCGAACGAGAUCGAGAACGACAGAGGGAGCAAGCAGGAAGUGACAAAGAGAAUGAAUUGGGGUCAAAUUCUCGCGGUAGCUCUCCGAAGAAGCCAUUAGCCAACUUAAAUGGGCUGAGUCAAAAGCUGAACGGUUCGGAAGCGGUCGUGCAGCAAUGUCGUGACUUACUCGUGUGCACUGCACACAUCGACACAUGCUACGUUCAUGGAAAGGGUGACUUCAGACCACAAUGGUGGGUGUACAACACAGAAGAACAAAUAGAGGCGCUUAUAGAGUCUCUAAAUAAACGUGGCCUGCGAGAGAGUGAUCUACGACAGACUUUAGAACUUGAUAAAGCAAACAUUAUUGAUUAUGUUAAGAAGUGUCCGUUGCAUUUACUCACUCCCACAGUAACUCCCCACGCACCAUCGACGCGACCGAGGAAAAUACAGCCGUCUCUGUAUGUGCCUCCCGAUAGUUCUCUAUCUGAAGCGUUAGAAUUGUCCUUGCGAGAUCACAUCCUUGAACUGGAGGAGAAAAUCUUCCAUGGAUGUCUCGGUGCAUUGAAAGUUAAGGACCGCGAGGCGUGGCGCGGCACCAUAAUGCUGCGCGGGUACGACAAACAGGCGGACUACCUCAGCUGGGGUCCCGGGAAACAGUUCCGUGACGAUUACCACCAGCCUGAUGGUCUCCUCAAACUACCCAAUGACAUUGAUGAAUCAGAGCUAGAAACGAUAGCAGAAAAUAGAUACCGGGACCCUGGUCACUGGUUGGAAACGCCGAAAGUAAACGGUGUAAAGACGGAGCCCGAAGAGGAUAGUGGCGCGAAGCCCGACGUAGUGCGAGGGCUCGCGUGUGCCUUGCUGCAAGUCGCUCAGUCGAUACACCAGAAAUAUCUAAAGCGACCACUUGGUCUCGACGAGAAAGAGCGCAAAGACCGCGAAGCCAGAAACAAGCCGAUGGACCUGGAGGCGCUGGAGCGCUGGGAGGUGUCGCUGAUGGAGAGCCGCAGCUUCGCGUCGCUGUCGCUGCACCUGCUGGCGCUGGACAGCAGCGUGAGUUGGGCGGCCAGCGUGCUGCAUGCCAGCUGCCGCGUGUGUCGCCGUCGCGCCGACCCCGACAACAUGCUGCUGUGCGACGGCUGCAACAAGGGCCACCAUCUCUACUGCCUCAAGCCUAAGCUUUCGAAAGUACCGGAGGGUGACUGGUUCUGCGAUCAAUGCAAGCCCAAAGAGAAAACGCCGAGGAAACGUAGAAAACUUUACACGGACGAGGACGCCGAGGACAUACUAGACGACAGCGCGGAGGCGGCGGGCGCGGGCGUGGCGGUGUGCGCGGCGUGCGGCAGCGGCGGGCGCCUGGCGGCCGCGUGCCGCGCCUGCGCCGCGCGCUUCCACGCCGAGUGCGCCGCGCCGCGCCAGCGCCUCUCGCGCCGCUUCCUGUGCGACGCCUGCCAGGCGCCCGAGCGGGGGCGGCGCGGCGCGCGCGCGGCGCGGGCUCCGUCGCGGCGCGGCUCGCGCUCCGACUCGUCGGAUUCUGAGGAUAGCGAGUACAACACGGCGCUGGUGAAGCUAAAAACGCGUAAGUCGAGGGCGAGCGAGGAGACGUCGGUGCAAGGCAGCGCCAAGAGAGGGCGCAAACCAAAGGAACACACAGUAAACGGUACUUCAAGCAGAAAAGCAAAAUCUCUCACAAAUGGUAUCCACGAAGAGCGGGCAAGCAAGAAGCGCAGUCGGGAAGCACUUGAGAGGGCACGACUUGAGCCAGAGUCACUGACCAGUUUGCUGCGAGACGCCAUGAAACACAAGGACAGCUGGCCAUUCCAUGAGCCCGUAACUGUUGAGGAGGUACCUGAUUACCUUGAGGUCAUUGAACAGCCGAUGGACUUCAAUACGAUCAAGACAAAACUGGAAGAGGAAGACUACGAAACGAAUGAACAGAUGCUGACCGAUCUCGCGUUGAUAUUCACAAACUGUUACACAUACAACAAGGAGACACAUCCUGUUGCCAAAGCUGGAAUGCGAUUGGAGAAAUAUAUUAACAAACGCUGUGCGGAACUGAACCUUCCAUCGCUACCUGAAACCAACGUUGAGACGGAAGAGCUCGUCGAUGAAGAUGCUCCGAAGGCCAAAAGGCCGAAAUUAAACUGAUAUACCGUUACCCCACCUCGCCUCAUCGACUACUUACUCUAUUGAAGUAAAGCGUAACUAUAACAAAACAUUAUAAACUGAAUAACAAUAUAUUACAUUGAUUUUGUAAAUAUUGAGUUGCCUACAUAGACAGAAUCCACUAAAACCAUGUCCAAUAGACGAAUAGUUACUGUCCAAAAAUUCUUUGGAUUGAUUCGCAUGAAGACUGCCAUUUUCGAUAGAUUUUGACAAAGUCCACCGUAUCUUCAUACCGCGAUGUUUAUAGUCCAGUUGUAACAUUAUAAACGUUUUUGCAAAAAAAAAAUAUUUUGAAAUUUGAACAUAAUACUCACAAACGGAAUAUUAAUAGUUAAUCAAUGAAUGACAUGAUAUCUCUUGCUCAUUUAUUCGCCGCGUUUGAAAGAAAUAUGUGAAACAAUAAUUAGGCUAACCAGUGAAUUAUGAUCAUUAUUAGUUAAUUGCUUUUUUUUGUUUAACUUUUCGCUGAUAAAAUAAUGGCUUGAAUAUAAGCCCAAAAAUCCCCAGUUAGCUUAGUAUUUUUGAAAUGUAAAAUAUGUUCUGCAAUAAUUAAGAAUUAUGGCAACUUUAGAAAACUACGAACAUUUUCAAACUUUGCUCUGUUUGCAGGCUUAAAAAAAGCAUUGUAAAAACUUAUUUUUAUAGUGCCGGUCACUUUAUUAUAAAAGUUACGCGCUGAGGCAUGGUGUGGUAGUUUUUAAUAAGUCGUGCUUUAAUCAGUACCAUAGACUAUAUAGUUGUAGUAUUAUUGUGAUCUAUGAAACUAAACCAUAGAGUCGAAUUGAUGUAUAAAACGCUCACGUUGAAAAAAUUGUAAAAAAAAAUCUAGGUUAAUCUUUUUUUUUAUUGGUCAAUUGUGGAGGAAAAUUAAGCGAGUCCUGUAUAUUUGAACAAAAUUUAGGACGUAAUACAAAAAAAAAAUUAGGUGUAAAUUAAGAUAAGUUUUAAAAAAUAAGAAUGUAAACAAUAUUAAAGAGUCGGAUAUAAUUGACGAUAAGACGACGGCCUUUGUGCCUUUUACUGUUUAGAAAGUAACAAAAAUGUUUUGGCCAUUUCAAAUAAGUAUGUAAGGAUUAAAAAAUAAUUGCAUUUAGUUUAUCUUUGCUCUGCACACUUUGAUGUUCUUUUGCAGGUCAAAAGAAAUUCUUCAGUUCUUUUUUUCCAUUUUAUUAUCAAAGGUUGAUUAUAAAAUAAUACACAUACAUUGUCACACAAUUUAAAUAACACUUGUAUUACUUUUGUGUCCAGUCUUUAGAUUAAUGGAGAAAUUUUCCAAAUUUUGUGGAAAAUUUCUAUGUAUAUAUUAAAUUACUAAGUAUAUAGUGUAAUAUUGUUACUUCUAUUUAACUCGUUCAAAUUAUGCUUUGUACCGCGAAAGAUUCGUUUGCGAGAGGCUUGUGAGCUUAAUAUAAAGUAAUUUGUAAUGCUGUCAUAAUAUUUUUAAACUUAGUGAAGAUAGUUAUUAUUUGAUUCGUAACUUCAUAACAGUUUGCUAGAGAUAUCUAUAGUAAUCUCAUGUAGCUUCGACAAUUGUAAGACGUUUGAAUUAAGAUAUAUUAUCUUUGUACUACAUAUUGACUUUGUAAGUUUGUCAAAAUUGUUCAACAUACUAUUAGAUGCUCAAGAUUUUUUAUGAUUGAUGAUCAUUUUAUAAAUCUAUCUCAAUAUGAUGUAUGUGAAGGAUAAAUUAAAUGAAAACGUCCAAAUAAUUAAAUACUGUUUGUUUGUAGCUGAUAUAUACAACAAUUACUUUAAACAUACAAAUAGGAGCUACAUACAUCUACAGGUUGCGCAUGCUUAGCCUCAGUUAAGUUAUAACACUUUGAUACAGUUAUGUAUGUUCAGUAUAUAAACAUUUUUAGACUUAAUUCUUGAAUAGUAUUUUAUUUUGACGUUUCAUUUAUACGUUGUUCUAAUUGUAUUGAAAUGGACUAUAUAAAUGACAUUCUGCUUAACUCGUAAUUCAUAUAACAAAGUAGUGCCAGAGACGUUGAAAUAUGUAAUGUAAUGUUAAAUUGUGUGUAUACUUUUAAUACAAUAGGAGUUUAUAUAUGUAUAGUUAAAGUAAAAACUAUAGUACUAUUUUAUUUUCAGAGUCGACGAGACCAUAUCAUAAAUCAUAAUUAAUUUUUGAAAAAAAAAGGAAUGAGCGAGUUUUGAUUAAAAAUGUUGAUUACACAAUGCUUUGUCAUAUUCUUUCAUAUGUUAAAUUACUGAUCAGAGAAAGAGAGACAUUGGUGUUUAAUUCACCUGUUAUUUGUUUAUUAGUAAGGUAUUUUAACAUUCUAUUGGCUGCACAAUUCUUCCACCGUAUUUACUCGAAAUAUAAAGCAAGCGUUAAUUAUUAGACUUAUUGGCUUAAAAAUGUUGAACACAAUCUCUAAACUUGCAUAAGAUAUUAAAAAAAUAUUUUUACUUCAGUUUAGAGAUUGUGUACGAGAAUCCGCAUCAUAGACCUAGUUUAUAUUUAAAUUAAUUCCUUUGAAAUGUGAUUUUUUGUCUAUUGUUGUUUUUAUUUAAUUUUUCCACGCGCGAGGAUGUUUUGUUUACUUAAUUUUAAUUAACGAGCUAUUUUUAGCAAACGUACCAUCAACGUGAGUGGAUAUUGUUUUUUUUUGUGGUAUAUAUUUAUUAAUUGUUGGUAUUAUAACUGGCCAAUGGCAACCCAGUGAAUUUAUUUAACGAUCAAAAAGCAUUCCUAAAGGAACAUUACACUCUAAACUUAGUAUGUUGAUUUUCAGUAUGUACACUGUUUAUCAGGUAUUAAUUAUCAUUUUUUUUUCUGCAAUUAUUUAUUGAUGUAAUUUAUAAGUUUUAUAAUAAUUUAUAUUUUAGUGAAUAAAGCACCAGAAACAGA